GUGCCAUAAGCUAAGCUAAAAUCCCUGCAAAAAAAGAAAUCAAAACAAAAGGGUAAUGAAGAGCAUGUUGUUGAAAUGUAAUUUAGCAAUGAUAAACUUUUAAUGGCGCAAAUAUCCCUCAAAGUAACUCUUAUAAAAGUCAACCAAAUAAUCUCUUGUUGGGGUGGAAAACUUUUUUUCAAUUUCAUUUCGCAUUUGGCAACAUUCUCGGUUUGCAAGCAAUUCUGAGUCAAAAGGAUUCCUAGUUAGUUUUACAAAUUUUAAUUGACAGUUUACCUAAUUUUAGGUAUUACUAAAAUGUUAGCUUUGUUAGGGAAUAUUUCUAUAAAUUUAAUAAAAGUAAGCAGAAUAAAAUGUCCCAGAUAUAGAUAUUGUUUCUAAAAUGAAUUGUUUUUUAUAUGUAAGUAUUCGGUAAGCUUAACAGUUCAAGGCAUUGCAGUCUCUAGGUCGAAUGAUAAGCCUUCCAAAUGGGUGAAACGAGUCAUUGUGUAAAGCCCACUAUAAACAAGACGAAAAUUGGUUAUCUUAUAAUUAUCGGCUGACAAAAACGAAUGAUUAAUCAAUAGAUAUCGCCGAGUUUCCUCGUCACUACCCUUUGCCAGACUGCUGCGAAAAACUAAAGUGCAGAAGUCGUUGCCAUUCGGAAGCUUUAACUGUUUCAGGCCAAGUGUAAGCCUUAAAUGGCACGUUUCGUAUACGUAAUCUGUUUGGGAGUGCAGAGAGCGCUUCAAUUGGCCCUAUUUAACAUAUGCGUAGAGUGCUUUCCCCUAACUCAAGACCAACUACUUUCAACACUCUCGGUGUACAUAUGCAUUCACAUAUUUAAAGCAACGUGCCAAGCCCCGAGCUGUUGGAAAAACAACCGAGUGGGGGGUUGGCAUGGAAUGGAAAGGAAUGGAUGGGAAAGGAAAACAGCUUUCUGGCACACUUCAAAGCACAUUACACCACUUUUGAGGCGUCGGGUGUGGCCCAGAACUGAAGACCGAAAGAGCCGAGGGAGAGUCGCCCGAGUGGCACGUACCUGGGUAAUGCUGCAUCUUUAAAAAGCCGCCCAAUUUCUCGGAUCCCACCAAACUCCUGACUCCGGUCGGAGAGAAACUACAACUAAUCCCUGCUAACAGUUCCAGUCUCAUCCACAUCCAUAUCCGCAUCCCCUUCAGCGCUCGCUGUCUAUUUUCGUGCCACUUUUGUCCAAAGCUGCUGGAGUGGAUUUUGGCACCAUUGGCACUGGUAACCUGCAUAUUUAAUGACAAUCCCCACCAACCCGGGACGUGUUCGAGUGCCAAGUGCCUGCGAGUGGGCGUUGUCGACUGGCCCUACUUUUCCUGGCACUCUGACAGGACUGGAAACAAAGGCCGGAGAGGCCGGAGACCCCGGCGGAUAUCAGUUGGGUAUGCCAAAUGUGCGGAGCACUCGGACCAGUUUCCAAGUAAUUACUAUCUUAUCGAAUGCCAUGUCGCGGGUGGCCUAUAAAAGUAGAGGAAUUGCCGGCAAUCGAGCAAAGAGUUAAGUGCCAGCAACAUGUCCGGAAUCCCACCAGCCACCUUCACCGUAAUCGCAGGUAGUGCUGCCCACAAUCAGCGGCGCAAGAAUCAGAAUCGGGAACAUAGCCAGCAGAAGAAUUCGACCAAGACUGAACCACAGACGACGGGGUCGAAGACAAAUAGUUGCCACAUUGCUUAGAUAUAGUAACUAUCUUAUCUGUACAAGGAUUUAACGCAUGAAAAUACAUUUCCCAUGACAUAAACACCGAGUAUAAAUGGGGCGAACAAAGCACUUGGGGUUUCAGUUAAUGGGCCAAACGAAGACGAGACGGAAUAAUUAUCGACAAAAUGAAAACGACCAUUGUGGAGGAGAGGAGUGUGAAUGAAACGAUAGAAACGAUAGCCACGAGCAGUGGCUCCGUCCAGGAGACCAUCGAGAUCGUCAAUAUCAAUGGCUCUGUAGCUCCCAAGCACCGUCACCAUCAUCACCAUCACAGGCAUCACCAUCACCACGAAAGGCAGGAGAAUGUUGAAGUUGUGGCGACAGAGGAGGUGAUUCUUGUGGAGAACGCACCGACAUCGAGGAAGCACCACCAUCACAAGCAGAGGACUUCUCCACCACCGCCCCUGCCGCAAACCUCACCACCAUUCCUCACCCCCACUGAAGAAGUGGGUUUUAAUGUGGUGUGGGAACCCCAGGCCUUUUGGAACCAGCCCUCACCCAAUCCCUCCACUGAUCUAGAUCUCUCUCCGGAGAACGAGGCUGUGGAUGCAGCGGAGACUUUGAACACUACUUCAGCUUCCGAUGAAUUCACCACUGUGGUUUGGCAGUCGGAGACAAAGGAGUCCAUUAGGGAAACACAAAAGCACACAAGAGUGGUCGAGGAAGAAAUAAUAAUUGAUCAAUUGGACCCACCAGCCUACGCACCACCUCCACUCCAGGUGCAGACAGGAUUCCUUCCAGUGGCUCAGCAGCCUCCACUUUCGCCCAUCGCAGAAGUGGUACAAACAGAUGUGUUGGUGGAAUCGGUGGAGGCUCCACUGCCACCCACAGGCUAUAUUCCCAGAGUCAAUCUUAAGCCAACAGAGACUAUUGUGGAGAGGGUCGGGGUCAUCGUGCCCGCACAGAUUCAACAAGAGCCGGAGUUUAUUCCGCAGCCGGGAUUUGUGGCCAGAAUUGUGGAGAACAUAGAAGUUGCUGCAGCAUCGAAUUCCACACAGGUGGCAGCUCGAAAGAGUUAUUAUCCUCGGCCAGAUUUGGUGGAGACGAUUUCGGAUGAUAUCGAAGUGGUAAAAUAUGAUGCUCCUGUUCAGAGUGGCUAUAUUCCCGGAAAUGUUGCAGUGGAAUCGAUUGUGGAAAAUAUAGAAGCUGACUCUCCAUUUCUUCUGCCAGCCAAUGGAUUUGACACUGAUGAGUCGAUUGUGCAGAGCAUUGAAGUCUCGACAGACUUAGAUGAUUCUCCAUUUCUGCUUCCUGUUGAUGGCUUUGACACUGAGCCAGUCUGUGUGGAGUCAAUUGUUGAAAAUAUUGAAGUUGCGCCCUCUGAACCUGUCCUGCAAAUAUCAGUUGAGAGUGUUGUUCCUGCAGGCUUUGUCGAAUCUGCGGUGGAAAACAUACAAGUCAUUGAAGAUGAAGAUCCCCCAUUUCUACUGCCCGCAAAUGACUUCAUCCCUCAGGCAGGCAAUGUGGAAUCAAUAAUAGAGAAUAUAGAAGUAGCUACGGAAGUGGAGCCCACCCUAAGACCAUCAGUACAAGUUGAAAAUCUACCUCGAUCUGGAUUCGUGGAGUCCAUUGUAGAAAGCAUUCAAGUCACAGAAGAGGUGACUCCCAGACCUGCAGUUCAAAGUGAUUUGGGCACUCAGAGCGGUCUAGUAGAAUCGAUAGUGGAAAACAUGGAAGUCGUAGAAAUAGUGGAUUCUCAAGCUCCGGCUCCACCACAAACUGGAUUUGUGGAGUCAGUAGUGGAACGCAUAGAAGUCACUGAAGAAGUUGAACCUCCAAUGCGACCACCACUUCCACUUAGCUAUCCUCCUCGCUCAGGAUUCGUAGAAUCGAUCUUGGAGAACAUAGAAAUCGAACAAGUUACUCCUCCCUAUCAACCUCCCCAGCAAAUUGACAUUGUUCCUCAAACUGGUUUUGUAGAAACUCUUGUAGAGGAUAUUGAAAUCGAAGAAACUGCGCAACCGGCAAUACAAAAUGGAUAUGCACCCCAAGGCGAAGUAGUUGAAACAAUUGUCGAAGAGGUGAAAGUCGUACCAGAUCCCCCACGUCAAUCAAUAGUGACAACCGAUUUUAUGCCCCGUGCCAGCCUGGUGCAAGAACUGGUUGUGGAAUCCCUGGAGGUUACGCCCACAUCAUCGCCUCCACCCGAACGGUUUCCAUUUAUAUCCAGAGAGAGCCUAAUCGUAGCUGAUGAUUAUGUGGAGGUGGAGGAAGUCACCCCUUACAAUACGGCACCACAUAGUCCAAUAGUGGAAGUGGAAAGGUUGAGUGAAGCCGAGGCUUAUGUGGAGAUUAGUGAAGUUACCCCAGUUAAUACUCCACCAAGUAGUCCUCCACCUCAGAGGCCCAUUGAAGUGGGUUACCUCCCCAGGCCCAGCUUAGCUGAAACGGCGGUGGUAGUGGCAUCACUGGAGGUAACUCCAACUCCUACACCGCCACCAAGCCCACCCCUGAAACUCCGAAUACCACCAUCGAAUCAGAUACCUUCGGAGGUAAUUGUGGAGUCAGUGGACGUCACACCAGUGCCAUCUCCACCAUACAAGCCGCAAGCAAAACCACUUAAUAGUUUCAUACUAACUGAUCUGGUUAUCGAUGAUCCUCCAUUCGUAGAAGUGGUGGAAAGGGAAGUGGUUGUGGAGUCCGCAAACAAUGGCCAAGUAACUGAGGUUAUCGAAGUCACGGAAGAGAUUAUACAACCCGUCACACCCAUCGGAACUGUUUUGGUGGGUGAGGUAUCCGAGCAAAACAGCGACAAAUUCGGCAAGCGAUAUUCCCUAAGUGCGGCACUGGCUGAUGGACAGCAGCAGCAGCAGGAGCAGGGAAAAACGGAAACGAAUCAGCCAACCCCGAUCCAAAAACGAGAUAUACCCACCGAACCACCGAAGCGUAGAUGUUGCCACUGUAAAUGCACCAUUUCCUAAAUCAGAGGUCAGGGGCUUUCCCCAAGCCUGGGAAUGUAAGCUCCACCUAUCGCAUAUCUAAUCAGGGAA